CAUUGCACAUGUACAUAAAAUUGUUUUUGUGAAACGUUUUUCUUUCUAAUUACAAUAAUAUAAUGUGGAACUAAACAUGGAAAAUUAUUCAAGUCAAUAUAUUUCUCUAGCACGGACAAUGAAAAUAUAAGAAAUAAAAUUAGUUACCAUUAAUAAUACGGUUUGCGCACUAAACCAAUUAACUCCCAAUAUGUACAAGCAUCUCACAAUCCCGCUAAAUGUUCCGAAAAUUUCAAAAUACUGGACAUCUGGCCAAGACUUGAAAUGUUUGCUGUCACACCAAAAGCCUUGUAUUUGUAAUGCCAAAUCAAUCCAAAAGGAGUUUUCGAGAAAUUUUCAUCAUUUCCAACCUAGACGAUCAAGCGGAGUAGGUGUAUUAUUAAACCUAAAUUCCUAUAGUAAUAAUUCCAGGAGUUUUUGGUCCAAUCCAAUAAAACAAGAGAAGAAAAUACCUAGACUAAUACUCUUGCAAAAUCCUUGGACUUGGUUCAUGGUGAAACUAGAUUUUACUGUGUUGAGGAAUCUGUGGGACCCUACGUUUCAUGAAAAGGAAUUCAAAUAUGGUGCAACACAGGCUAUAUACCGAGUGACUCAGGUCAUCAGCGAAGGCCAAAUGACGGAACUGAAUGGCCUGCUGACGAGAGCGGCCAGGUUCAGCCUGCUACGAGAGUUGGAUCGCAACUGGCCUGAAAAACAGAGGCCAUUGUUGGCAUUGAAGGGGGACGAUAUACAAAUUUCGACGCCGCGAAAAGUCUAUUUCAUAAGAAUCGCAGACAAGAAAUAUUGCGACGUGGAUAUGGCUUUUUUAGCCUUAAAAUGGGCUCCAAUAAAUAGCGUAGAAGCCCUAAUAUUUGCUGAGAUAUUUGCCCGCUUCCAUCGGGAAUACACGCCAGCCAGUAUUCCGGAAUGGACGAUAGCCUUCUUCAAAAUAGCCCGAUUUCAAGUACUACGUCACAGUAAAAAUAAUAACGUUAAGAAACCCGACCAGAAAUAAGAGAUAAAAGAAAAACGUUUGUAAAAAUAUUUGCA